AUGGACGACCAAUUCAACGUCCGCACAGACGACGACCUCUUCCUCGACGACUUCGAGCCCGUCGUCGAGCCCGUCGCAACCCCUGCCCCCAAGCCCACGCCUGCUGCGCCCGCCGUCGCGCCGGCCCCUGUCCAGCCAGCCCGUCCGGCGCACAACAAGCAGGGAGAGAGGCAGUCGGGCGCGCCCGCCAACAAGAAGAAGCACGCGCCACCGCCGUCGGCAUCGACGCCGACGCCCCACAACGAGCCGAAGCCCAGGGGCCAGUUGGCCCUGUCGCGUCAUGCCCCUCGCCCCGCGGGUGAGGAGAACACCCCCCGCGGCGGUCGCCAGCAGCGGAAUACGAACGCAGGCAGAGGCGGCCGAGGCGACAACAGCAACAAUAACAACAACAAUAGAAACAACAGCAACAGAAAGGGCGCCGUCCCCGCCAGCGCGCCAGCCAAGACGGAGCCCUCCCCCGCACUGCAGGCCCUGGGCGCCAAGGAGGGCGCCUGGGAGCACGAGGCCGCGCCCCAGGCCGACGAGAGGCCGCGCUUCGCGGGCGGCGCCAACGGCGGCGUCAGGGGCGCCCGCGGCCUCAACUCGGGCCGCCUGGGCGGGCUGGAGAACAGCAGGUACGCGGGCGGCGGGGCGGACGGUAGCCAGGGCGAGGACGAGCCCGAGGGUUACGGCGGCCGCGGCGGCAGGGGUGGCCGUGGCGGCAGGGGUAGGGGCCAGCGGGGUGGAGAGCGCGGAGAGCGCGGCGGUCGCGGUGAUAGGAACGGCGGCGGGGGGCGCGGCCGACCGCAGCCCGCCGUCAACAGCACCGUCGAGUUCCCGCCCCUGUCCACCAACAUAGCCAAGACGCCGACCAUCAGCGAUUCCGUCAAGGACACAUUGACGACCGCGGCCAAGCUGUUCUCGCCCAUGUCUCCUAGUGCGCGAUGGGACGACGAGGUCGAGGCCGAGGCCGAGGACGAGAGGGCCAGGGCUGACGCUGCAGCCAAGGCGGCCGCCGCAGCCUCGUCAUGAUCGACGCAGAGAUGAAGGCUAAAUGGCGAAUCUCGGGAGGCUGGUUUCUUUGUGACAUCAGAAAAAAAGGUUGAUGCAGCUGGGACAGCUACUGGGACUUGGAAUGGGAUGUAUUAAAAGAAGUAAAAUAAAAAUUACAAUGAUACCACAACAAGAGUGAAA